AUGGCCACAGAAAAUCCUCAAUCCCAACAAAAACCUGACCCUCAAAUCUCUCUUUAUCACCAGACUCACGCUACUCACCAUGCCGUCAUCACUAGUGAUUGGCUGGCUCAAGCUCAAGCUGUUGUUGGUUGUCAUCCCCAAGAUGCCGUAUCGGAUAAAUCAUCCUCGAAGUCUGCCGGCGGGGAAGAAUCUGGAAACGGUAUUAGUGUGGUGGAUGAGUUUAAUAACUGGCGAAAACAGCCAGAUUUGGCAGAGGCCGUGGCGGCUAUUAGGGCUUUGGCUUCCGUUAUUAGGUCAAGCCAAAGCCACUACUAUGAUGGAGCUUGA